UGACGUCCUCUUUCCCCUCGUGCACAAAAUGAAGGCCCGUGGCGAGCUCAAGGAAUAUAAAGUGAUCGGACGGAUGUACCCGUCUGAGAAGCUUAGGGUGCCACCUAUCUAUCAGAUGAGGAUCUUUGCCCCUGAUAAGUGUGUUGCAAAAUCCAGAUUCUGGUACUUUGCCAAAUUCUUGAAAAAAAUCAAGAAAACUACUGGCGAGAUCCUCGAGUGUUCCCAGCAGUACGAAAAGAAGCCUUUAGUUGUGAAGAACUAUGGUGUCUGGCUGAGAUAUGUAUCCAGAAGUGGAACCCACAACAUGUACCGUGAGUACAGGGAUCUCACCACCGCUGGAGCAAUCACACAAUGCUAUCGUGAUAUGGGUGCCCGUCAUCGUGCCCGUGCAUCAUCAAUUCAGAUCAUCCGAGUUGAGACCGUCAAGGCUUCCCAAGUUAGACGAGCCAACAUUAAACAGUUCCAUGAUAGCAAAAUCAAGUUCCCAUUGACUCACCGUGUCAGGAAACAGCUGCACAAACCAAGAUUCACAACCAGACGGCCUACUACUCAUUUCCAAUAAGCAGCACCCCAUUGAACUGCAUUGGACACUUGAAACAUCUAAAGGGGUGUCUUAGGAACACUUGUGAAUUUGAAUGUUCAGUAUAUUACGAAUGAAAUAUACACACACAGAACGUAGAUUAUUUUUCAAUGUUUUACUUUUGCACGAAUGGCGGGGUGAUUUAAAAGUACAAACAACACAAAUUGGGCUAAUGAUGGUGAAUUUAUUACAGUCUUUAUUUGGCUCAAAGUCGUUGCAAAAAUUCCAGAUAUACUGGUUGUAAAGAUUUUGCUCUCAAAUAAAGCAGCACUACACAUAUUUAGCCACCAUUUUUGUGAAGUUGACAAAUGUUCCAUCAAAGUCAUUUCUAGUUCAACAUGCCAAAUAUAUUGCUCUUUUGUCAAUGGAGCAAAAGUGAGGCACUUAAAAUUGGAAUAGGUAUUUGUAGACCAAAUGUCUAGCCACCAGUAAAUUUAAAAUAAAUUUUCUUCACCUUCGAGCC